AAAACCCUCUGGAUUUUUCUUACUCUUUUUUUUCAAUAUUAUAUCCAUUUCUCUCUCUCGCCCACAUUCAACACUGGUCACUGAAGUUCUGAACACUCUCCACAAAAUCCUCUCUUCUUCAGCUCUUCAUUACCAUUGCAGUAACCUAAAUCAUUAAGACGAUCUACGCCUUUCUAUUUUUCCUUGUGCUAUUAUGUAACUUUAUCUCCCAUAUUAAUCAGGAUUUUCUUACGAACUGGCCUUGGAUUCGGGGUAUGAUCGGAGCUUUUGUGAUUUGAUGGUGUCGCUGGAGUGACUGAGAGAUUGUUCUAUAUAUCGCAAUCUUUUCAUCACUAUCAUUUGGUCGUCGGCCAUGGAAAACCGGAGUGAUUCUGAAACAAGUCCAUUUCUUAGUUUGUCUGCAGCCUUGUCAUAUGGGGUAGCUUCGAUGGCGAUGGUUUUUAUCAAUAAGGCCAUACUUAUGCAGUAUGCACACUCGAUGACCCUCCUCACUUUGCAGCAAUUGGCAACCACCUUGCUUAUACACUUUGGUCGAAGAAUGGGAUACACAAAAGCCAAAUCAGUAGAUAUAUUGACAGCUAGGAAGCUUCUCCCAAUUUCACUAUUUUACAAUGCUAAUGUGGCAUUUGCAUUGGCGAGUUUAAAAGGAGUUAAUAUUCCGAUGUAUAUUGCGAUAAAAAGACUCACACCACUUGCUGUACUGAUCGCUGGAUUCUUUUCAGGAAAAGGGAGACCUACAACUCAGGUGACUCUUUCUGUUAUAUUGACAGCUACUGGAGUUAUCAUCGCUGCUCUAGGAGAUUUUUCCUUUGACCUUUUUGGAUACAGCAUGGCCCUUACUUCUGUUUUUUUCCAGACCAUGUACUUAGUCUUGGUAGAGAAGUCUGGUGCAGAGGAUGGGCUUUCUUCUGUUGAAAUCAUGUUUUACAACAGCAUUUUGUCCCUUCCAUUUUUGCUGUUUCUCAUCAUAGCUACAGGAGAGUUUCCAAAUUCUUUAUCGCUAUUAUUUGCAAAGAGUAAUUCUUUAUACUUUUUGGCGAUCCUGAUUCUUUCAUUGGUAAUGGGCAUUGCCCUCAACUUCACCAUGUUCUUAUGUACCAUAGUCAACUCUGCUUUAACAACAACAAUAGUUGGUGUUCUUAAAGGGGUUGGCUCCACGACCCUUGGUUUUGUGUUGCUGGGUGGUGUUCAAGUUCAUGCUUUGAAUGUAACUGGAUUGGUUAUCAACACAGCCGGUGGUGUGUGGUACUCAUAUGCCAAGUAUCAACAAAAGAAAAACAAGACACUGAAUGUGGUAUCGGAUGUUGAAGCAGCUCAACGUAAAUAAAAGGCACCUGGACGUAUAGGAGCCUAAUGUUCGUACAUGGAGCAGCAGUGCCAAAUAUGAAGAA